UCUCUCCUCACCGUCGCGGAAAGAAGAAGAAGAGCCAAUCACCACCAAUCACCUCCAUCACCUGAACUGGCCAAUCGCCCUUUGUGGCUAGCUGCCACUGCCCUCCUGGCUGAAGAAGACCAAGAAGAAGAUGAGUGACAUUCUGUGGCUGUUCCAGCAGAGGCUUCCACCAAAUCUCCGCCUUUUCCCGUCCUCGUCCAUGUUCGAAAUGAGCAACGACGGAACCGUUAUCAUUGACAAGCCUUCAGGACUACAGUCAAACGAGAAAGGGCAUGACAGACUUCGUGCCUCGAAGUUUCGCCUCCGGACCAGCCGUUUUUCGAAGACGAUCCUCCUGAUACUGAUCAUAGCGGCCGCACUUUAUGUGCUCCUCGGUCUCCUCCUACGAGCAGCCAACCAUGUUCCCAUCUCCCCACCGCUACCCCGGUAUCCUUCCAGACCGGUACCCUUCUAUGUCGCCGAUAAUGAUACCGGCUGCAGUUCGUACGUAGUACCCAACGUCAUUCACUUCGUGCGGUUCGGACAACCGAACGUCUCUUUCAUGGACGCCGUGAGCAUGCGGUCUGCGUACAUAAACCACGCACCGGACAAAAUUGUGGUGCACUGCGACGAGUGCCAGUUAGGCGGACCGCUUGCCUACUUGAUCCGGGAUAUACCAAACUUGACAAUCAAGGAACAGCACCCGGCAAAGACCAUUUUCGGACGUGAAGUGGGCUGUAUUUACCACGCCUCGGACAUCGCUCGCUUGCAGAUUCUGCUGGAGUACGGGGGCAUCUUCAUCGACAACGACUGCGUAGUCAUUAAUCCUCUGCACCCACUGCGACACUAUGAGAUGGCACUGGGCUGGUCAAAGGGAAUGUACAUGGCAAGCAUGGUGUUAUUAGCUGCACCCGGUGCCCGAUUCAUUAGGCUCCACCUGGAACUUUACCGCGAGUACAACAGCAGCUUGUGGUAUUACAACGUCGGAGACCUGCCCACCAUGCGUCUGCUGUGGCCGCAUCCCCAUCUUAUUCACGCCGUCCCUGUCCUCCUCGGGACCGACUUGAACAUGCUCGACAAGCUGUACGUCCCUGGUCAUCAUCCCGAUUGGAGGAGCUAUUUUGCAGUUCACACGCUCAUCCGCCACCGCUGUGUCGAGGAAGAUCCCUUGUAUGGUCACGAUAUUGACUUGCAGAAUGUGAGAACGUACAACACGUCACUGGGAGAAAUGAUUCGUGAGGUUCUAUUUGGUACGUCCGCGUUUGUGAGCAACGACACCGAAGUCAGACCCGUCGCCGAUCUCUACGCCGCAAGGCGACGUCGAAGAGUCGAAACCGUGGCCAACAAAACUGAGUAACGACGGUCGAAUCAGUUGUCGUUUGUUCGAUAAUGUAUAUACAUUCUAUAUGGUUGUAACUAUGAAGCAGUAAAAAAAAAGUAGGUGUGCAGGAAAGUAAAACAUUCGUAAUU